ACUACUCCUCAGAUUAUCCUCGAACUACUCCUCAGAUUAUCCUCGAACUACUCCUCAGAUUAUCCUCGAACUACUCCUCAGAUUAUCCUCGAACUACUCCUCAGACUACUCCUCAGAUUAUCCUCAGACUACUGCUCAGACUACUCCUCAGAUUAUCCUCGAACUACUCCUCAGAUUAUCCUCAGACUACUCCUCAGAUUAUCCUCAGACUACUGCUCAGACUACUCCUCAGAUUAUCCUCAGACUACUGCUCAGACUACUCCUCAGAUUAUCCUCGAACUACUCCUCAGACUACUCCUCAGAUUAUCCUCAGACUACUGCUCAGACUACUCCUCAGAUUAUCCUCGAACUACUCCUCAGAUUAUCCUCAGACUAGUCCUCAGAUUAUCCUCAGACUAUCCUCAGAUUAUUCUUAACACUUUGCAUAUAAAUCUCUAA